CAGCGUUUCAAAGGACCCAGUCUAUGAUCGUACUCGGUCGAGUUUACGGCUCACGGCUAGCUCUCGACAGAAGAUCAAAUUUAACGCGAGCCUUGACUUCCUGACAAACUGUGGCCGAUUUUUUCCCGUUUUGGUUUUUUUUCAUGAAAGUUCUCGAAAUGCGCGUGUUGGGACUAGUAGCCGUUUUCUGCCUCAGCUCGGCGAUCGCGAGGAGGCAAGCGCCUCCUCUCGGAGCGGAGGAAACCGUGAGGAAAUCAAACAGAGCCGCCGAAUGUCAGCACGGGAGGGAAGUGAGAGAGCUGGGGAGCACUUGGUUUGCGGACUUGGGACCUCCGUUCGGCAUCAUGUACUGCAUCAGAUGCCAGUGUACACCGUUUCAGAAAAAGAAACGAGUCGUCGGUCGAGUGCAGUGCAGGAACAUAAAGCACGAGUGUCCGCAGCUGAGCUGCGACGAGCCGGUCAUGAUGCCCGGGAAGUGCUGCAAAGUCUGCCCGUCGGACGUCCAGAAUAAGGACAUCCCACAAGACGUCGCCCCGGCCCUGCCUCCAGAAGAAGAAGACAUGAACUUCAAGUAUUAUGCGAGUUUGAUGACAGGCCACGAGACCGCGACCGGCCGCUACUCUUUUCACAAGAAAAGCCUAUUUUACUCGUUUUACGCCACUUCACGGCCGCAGGUUAUCCAGUUUCUUGACACGAACGGCAACAUCCUCGAAGAACAGGAGUUGGGACCAGGGAGUAUUUAUCAAAAUGCAACAGAAAAAAUCUGUGGGGUCUGGAGAAGAAUCCCAAGGGAAUACAGAAGGCUGAUAAGGGAAGAGAAAUUAGUAAUAUCACUUCUCUGGCCGGACAAAAGAAGUAUUACUGGACAAUUACACCGGUACCGAGCACUUUCUACAGAAAUGUUCAGUUCUCUAAUGCAAGGGGAUGAAAUUGGAAUGGCUGGAACAGCUAUUGUUUCUGUUUCCACUUCAACGCCAUCAAUCCACAUAACUGUAGUCUUUACAGGUCUUUUUGACAAAAACGAUUCAAAUGACACGCCUGUUUCGCUGUCCCUGUAUGGGCAGGAUGGUCAGAAAGUUCUUAACGAGGUCAUCCGUAUUGAUAAAGCUUCGCCUGAACUUAACACCAUCGAAAUUAGCUCAGCUGUCAGUUCGAGUGAACUGCGCCUUUUAUCUAAAAAUAAAUUGAGCCUUGCUAUAAAAUCAAAGGACAAAGAGAUCAAGGGAAAUGUACGAGUUCGGGCUGUAUGCGAAACGUUUCAAUGCCUCAUGACCAAUUCGGAAAAAAAUCUUAAAAGCUCAGGACUGGCUUGGAUCUAUGUAGAUAAGAAUGGAAGAUUAAACUAUCACAUUAAGAUUGACCGCGUUACACGCCCUGUUGUGAUCGGACUCGUAACGGAAAGAAAAUUAGUCGAACUCGAGGAUCUCAGCCCAGAGUUAACACUCAACGGUUGGACCAAUGGAACAUUGGACCCAUUAUCUCCAAAAUAUCUUGAGAUGUUUUAUGCCGGAGAUUUGGGUGUAAAUGUUGCUACUCAGUUUUCUGAGUCUGUCAUAAGGGGAAGGCUCACUGGGAAAUACGUGGCAUCUCCUGUGGACUCAAAAGCUCCACUUUUGCUUACAGACCAAAGCACUGAACAUUCCCAUGAUGGUCUUGCAGCCCUUGCUUGGCUCGAUGUGGACAUUGAGUGCAAUUUGCAUUAUGAAGUCCAAGUUACAAGAGAUGGAGAAUAUGGGUUAUAUUUAGCACAAUUGCCCAUGGAUGUCCCAGGGGCGCCAGUGACCCGAAAAAUAUUGGAUGAGGGACAAAAUCAUAUUGAAGGCUCGUCGCUCGGUCUCCUUCCUUCAGAAUUGGCGACUUUAGCCAAUGGAGUGACCUACGUUGAGAUUAACAGCCAGGCAUCUGGGCAAAUCUUGCUUAAAGCGCAAUGGACACAAAUUGAAGUGCCAGAAGCCUGUCUGCCCAAUUUGUCAGACAAUGAACUCCAUUUCAACUCUGAUGCGAGUAGACAUAAAAACCUCCCACCAGGAAGUCCUUGCUUACAAGGGGGAAGAUUUCACGAAGACGGUUCUCAAUGGAGAUCAGUAGAGGAGCCUUGCACAAUUUGUUAUUGUUCAUCCGGAAAAUUAAUUUGUGAACCAGUGAUAUGUCCUGAACUUAGCCCGAACUGCCCUGCAGUACAGCCUCCAGGGCAAAAAGAAUGCUGUCCACAAUGCUUAAAUGGAACAGCUUUAGAAAGUGUAUCAGAUUCUAAAGGUUGUCAAAUGGCAGGCCAGCAUUUCACUCCUGGAAGUUCAUGGCAUCCUUACUUACCACCGACUGGUUUUGACACAUGCACAACAUGCACUUGUCAUCCUGGGACACUGAGAGUGAGCUGCCCGAGGAAGCAAUGUCCUCCGCUUAAUUGCGACAUGAGAGUCGCUGUCAAGCCAGAUCGGAAAGCAUGCUGCCUUGUCUGUCCUUCGUCCAUCUUCGGAACGAUGGCAGACGGCGUUCAGAAAAGGAACAACGACGAUCAAAGAUCGGAAGAAGCAAGUGAUGCUGAAAUGGCAGCGGAAAUCCUCGCAAACGGUGGAUGUAAAUACCCAGUUGGUGGGCCUUACCCAAAUGGGCAAGAAUGGCAUCCAAGACUCUACUCUCAUGGAGAAAUGAAAUGCGUCAAAUGUAAAUGCAAGGAUGGCAAAGUCAAAUGUGAAAGAAAGAGAUGUACAAAAUUAUCUUGCAAUGAUGAAUGUUGUGCCGCGCAGUGCAAAAGGAGGCGCAGAAACAUCAGAAGGCAUCACUAAUUCUACUAACUGAGUUACUUAAGAAAGAAAAUCUGAAUGUUACCUUAAUUUUAGCACUUCUGAAUGUGGAAAUUUGUUAAAUUGUUAUUAAGUAUUACGGGCCGAUAUUAUUCGGUUCGAAUUUCGGUUGUGCUACCUUAGGAAACCUCAACAGGAUCAAGUACCUGAAUAUAGCGCCAUAACAUGGGAUAGGAGAUCAUUUUUGUUCUUUUGUAAAUACACUAUUUUAAUAAUAAUAUUUAUUUAACUUUUGUUAGUCUCAUACAGAUUAAGUUUAGUAAGUAAACUAUGACAGUAUUGUUCCAUCUAAUUUUUGGCUCUAUGGUUUAAAUUUUGAAUGACUUAAUGAAAGAAAGCGUGAGUGUUUGUUGACUUAAUUCUUAAAUGGAAGAUGUAUGUAUGCAAAACUUUAAUUUAUCAGUGAUGAUGAAUUUCAUUGUUCAGUAGGAAUCAUGUUGUAACAAAAAUAUUCAAAUAUCUACAGAAGUGAGAAUUGUUACCAUAUCACAACUCUGUUUUUCAUAUCAAUGACAACCUUGGUUCCUAUUAUUUAGUAGCUUAAUAAUAAUUAAACAUUAAUUAAAAUAAAUUAUAGGAAAACUUGAAGCGAUUUAUUAAAUUAACAUAGUUUUUCAUGUAUUCAUAACUAUUAAUUCUUUUUAAAGACUGAAAAAGUCUGUAUUUUAGAUUUAUUAAGAUAAAUUAAUAUAUUUGUUUCAUAAAUUUAUUGUAUUGUUUUGGGUUUUGUAAUGGAACCACAACGAGAGGCUAUGUGUUUGUUUUUAUUUUGUAAAAAGUUCUCAUGGGUAUUACAAAACAAAAAUUUUUUAUACAUAAUUUUAACAUUGGUGCUAUUGUUAAUUGUGAAAAUAACAAUAAUGUAAAUCGUAAACAAUGCAUUUUCACAUGUAACACAUAAGAAGGAAUUUUUUUUAGGGGACCUAACAUAGUAUUAAUCCAAAUCUUAUAAAUGUAUUUCUGUAAUUGUAUAUCAUGAAGAAAUUAUUUAAAUUAAUCCUCUGAACUCUACGAGCACAAUAUUAAUAGUAUUUGAUAUAAUAAAGGUAUACGUAAUUGUUUCUGUGAUUUAUAUUGAAAGUGUUUGUCACUCAUGACAUGUUUAUCUUCGUAAAGUUUUAAGUCUUGUAGAAUCUAGAUUUAAGAAUGAAAUAUCUUUAUUCAUAAUAUUACAUAAACCUAUAAUAUUGUAAUUUGCAAUUUAGUUUUAAAAAAAAAGAGAAAAGAAAACAACAUUGAAUUAUGUAAAUAAUAAAGGAUCGACUAACUCAAUUUGUAAUUUAUUUAAUUUUUGCCAAUAGGAGUCUAAUCCUAAUGUGAAAUAUAUGUUAUUUAAACAAUAAAACAUUCAUGUCCUU